AAUAUCCUAAGCUAAAAACCUUUAUACAAAAUAUCUACAAUAAAAUAAUUAAUUGAUUUAAUUAAAAUGUUCUACCCAAGGGAAUACAAGUAAAAAUCAUGGACAAGCGAAACAAAAGAAAGAAAAUGUGCAAAAUCACCAUGUGUAAAAAUAAAAUAAAAGAAACAAAAACUAAUUGCCCACGGGAAUAGAGAAUUAAAAACAGGCGGUUGUGUAAAUAAAGCUAUGUAACUCCAUUCCUAAAUAACAAAAGUGAUUUGAUUUCUUUUUGAUCAUUCAACCUUUUUCUCUUUCAAUUUUUACCAAUGCAUAGACGCUGGAAAAGCUUACUUGCUUAUUUUGUUUGCUUCGGAUGUUUUGCAAUAAUGACAUUUUUAACGGAAGAAAAUAACAGAACCUCGAUAAAAAUGACUGGCAUGGUGCUUGAUAACAAAAAAUUACCAAACUUUGAAAAAAUCAGAAGUUUUGGUGGCCACACUAAGAAAGUAUCUUUGAAUGCGCUCACAACUACAACAAUAUCCAGUGGCAAACGAAAAUGGAAGCAAGCUAUGAGAUGGAAUUACAAAUUAAAAAAUUCAACCACAUCUUUAUUUCGGUCAAUAGAAAGAACAGAUAAAAUAAUUAUCGAGCAACCUUUAAAAGCUGGUUUAUGGACCUUUAAUGACAAAAAAGUAGUUAAAAACUACGCUGAACAGGACCGAAGAAUUUUGUGUGAAAAAUGGAUGUACGAUCCAGCAGAGAUGACGUUACGAUAUAGCAAAGAAACUCAUGUUACGCAUGAUUCGUGUCCAUUUCCCUACAACGAGACAAUUAAGAAAAUAGUAUCCAGCCGAGGUAAAGUUAUGUUUAAAGGUUGCACUCAACAAACACUGAAAUGUAGAGAAAGUGCACAUUAUGACACAGAAAGAAAGAUGCGUAUAAAUACGCCUCCGUGCUGCAGACAACAUUUGUUGCAAAUGUUAAAUCACACAACCCAUCUUCUUAGAAAACACAACGUCACGCAUAUGUUAGUGUAUGGAGGCAUAAUUGGAUGGUAUCGGUAUAAAAAUAUUGUUCCUUACGAUGUCGACUUGGAUAUUUUAGUAGAUUCGAAGCAGUGGAAAUCUCCUACAAUGAAAAUAAUCUAUGUUUCAUUACGUGAAAAAUACGGAUAUUUAAUAAAAAGACAGAGACGAAAAAAACAGAAAAUUAUGUUUAGUGCGGUUAAUAAUCUCAAUAUAGAUCUAUGGCCGUAUUUCGUUAAGAACUCUGGCAAGGAGGCUGGUAAAGAAGGAUUUGAUGCGGAUAAUCGUACCAUUAUUUGGACAGACGAAGCUACUAUGAAAACGGACCUUUAUGAAGAUAUCAUCCCACCAAGAUUAGAUAGUUUUGCUGGUUUCCCGAUGUUUAUUCCGAAAAAUCCGGUAAAUCAUUUGAAUCGCCAGUAUGGAAAAAACAAUUGGAGGAGAGAAUUGAAAUGUAGUGAAAAAAAUUCUGACGGAAAUUGCUUAAAAUAAGUGCUAAAUUUUCAUUACUUUUGGACAAUUCUAAAAUUAAAUUCACGCGACACUACAUAGCCGUCGUGGGUUUUUCGCUGGUUUGAUACAGCAUAAGUUUCGCUAGCAAAAAGACUUAACUCUAACAGACAAGUAUUUUUAGUAGACUUCUUUUAACCCACAUAUCGACUUUGUUUGUUUUCGUCAAUUUUAAAGGCCGUAUCUUACUAGAGAAAUUUUCGUCAAAAAAAGUGACAAAAAAUGACAAAAAUUUUCCCUGACGAGAAAUUUUACGCGAUGGAUGGCGGAGUUUUUUUUAAUCGGUCAACACCUAGGCAAGAAUUUAUGAUAUCUACAACACAAAAGUAAAUUCAAAACCAAAUAAUUCCUUGUGUCAAAUGUGAUGGUAACCUAACAAAAAAGGUAUAUAUAUAUUUUUUGCUGAUAAAAAUAUUCGCCCACUAACAAAAGGGUGACAAAAUCUUUCAUAAGACGGGAAGGUUUUAUCACGCUUUUUUUAUAAGAACCAGUGAAAUGUGAAUACAUUAUUGCAUUUGUUCUUAUAUUUUGUACUUACCUUAGAAAGACAUAAAAAGUGUUUUUAAUUCAGAAAAAUCGUCUGAGAAUGUCGAUAGAAAUUAAUAAUAUCGCAAUAAUUUAUGCUGAAAUAAUUAUUGUACGUAAUAAUUUUCCUCCUUAAGGUAAUAGAAAACAAAACUCCGGAAUUCAGCCUCAUUCUGUUCUUAUCUAUGAUUUUUCCCUUAAAUUUAAUGCUUACUUUUAAAAUUUGUUUUUAGGCCGGAGAACCACGUAUGUAAUAUGGGAGCCAAACAUAUAUGUUUAUACCCAUUAAACACACUGAAACCUUAAAACUGAGAUUUGAUAACAAAAAUUUAUUCAUUUAUCAAUAAAAUUUUGAAAAAAAUAUUAAGUUUCAUUUGUUUAUCAGCUACCACAACAGGCUUAGAUUUUAUGUCUUUUUUUAAUGAAAACAGAUACCCUCUCAAUCCUGUUAAAUUCUUGUAAACACGAAGUCAUCCUGGCAAUAAAUUUGGUUAAAAGAGGUAGUUGAGGCUUACGUGAAACCGAUAAGCCAUAAAUUUGAAGUGUACCAGUACUUUAGAAAAAAUUAUGGUCUGUGGCAAAACACGUUUUUUUAAAAAAAUUUUUUGUUAAAUUCAACAUGGCCACUAUAGAAUUUCACCUAGCCUUGAUAGGAAAAACGUUCUACUUGUUCAAAGAACUUCAGAAAAUUAGUUUUUUUUUGCAUAAAAAAAGUUGGGGAACAAAAUUUUGUCCCACACUUAGCUAUUUUUUUGAUACCUGUUUUUGGUAUGUCGAUGUUGAUUUAUUGUGCGCGAAAACGAUAUGGAAAGUGUAUCUACUUAUUUGUCGAAACUGUUUUGCGCCCGCAACGUGCUCAAGCAACCAGCGCAUGCGCAGUCUUACUUUCCGCGCUGAAACAGCCGUGUGAUCUCAUACAGAGCA